UGAAAAAGGAAAGAAGAAGUUCGGCUAACGCAGCUUCGUCGUUUUAUUAUCAGCACGCAAAACCAAGUUUGCAAUACCCCUGCAAUGGAAACCACAGGUGAAGAAACUAAAUUGAUACAACUUGGAAUUGAGGAGGAAGGUGGGGGAAAGGAACGGGAUUUGCUGUCUGACGAAGAGGGCAUGAUACUCGACAAAUCAGAUGACACAUCUGAUGAUGAGGGAGAGAUUGAGGCUGAAAUUCAGCGUCUGGAGGAGCAGCUCUCCAUCAAUGCCUUUGACUACAAUUGCCAUGUGGACCUCAUCAAGCUUUUGCGGCAGGAAGGGAAACUGCAUCGUCUACGUAAAGCCCGAUUGAAGAUGAGCGAGCUUUUCCCACUUACCGAAGAGCUGUGGCUUGACUGGCUAAAAGAUGAGAUUAAGCUUGCAGAAGAUGUUCCUGAGCGAGAGAGGAUGUAUGAGCUGUUUGAGAAAGCGGUGAAAGACUACAUCUGUCCAGAUAUCUGGCUUGAGUAUGCCCAGUACUCCAUUGGUGGUAUGGGAUCACCUGGAGGAAUUGAGAAGGUCAGGACUCUUUUCGAGAGAGGCCUGUCUGCAGUGGGUUUACACAUGGUAAAAGGUGCUGCCUUAUGGGAAGCCUACAGAGAGUUUGAGCUGGCUAUUAUGUCAUCAUUGCAGCCUGUCCCUGGAGAUGUGGUUACACCUGAGCAACAGGAGCUGCUCAAUACCCAGCUUGAACGCAUUAAUUCACUGUUCCGUCGCCAGUUGUCCGUGCCUCUCAUGGAUAUGGACGCUACGUAUGAAGAGUACAGUGAAUGGACAGAAGGGGCUGUGCCCAAAAUGGUCUCCCAGAGCUACAAAAGGUCUCUACAGCAGAUGGAGAUCAUCAAACCUUUUGAGGAAGCUUUGCUGCUCGCUGAAGCUCCAAAGCUUGCGGAAUACCAGUCUUACAUUGACUGUGAAGUGAAGGAUGGAGAUCCAGCCCGCAUUCAGAUCAUUUUUGAGCGAGCUCUGGUGGAAAACUGCUUGGUACCAGAUUUGUGGGAGAAGUACACUACCUACUUGGACCGCCAUCUCAAGUUGAAAGAUGUUGUUCUUUCUGCCCAUGAGAGAGCAGUCAGGAAUUGCCCUUGGACAAUGACCUUAUGGAAAAACUAUCUGCUUGCCCUGGAGAGACACUCAACGGAUCACUCCACUGUAGCUUAUACCUUUGAGAAGUCCCUACAUGCUGGUUUUGUCCAGGCUACUGAUUAUGUUGAAAUCUGGCACACAUACCUUGACUACCUGAGGAGACGGGUGGAUUUCAGUAAAGAAUGGAGUAAAGAGCUGGAUGAGCUACGGGGAGCUUUCUCAAGAUCUCUUGAGUAUCUGAAGGAUAUAGAGGAUAGGUUCAGUGGAAGUGAAGACCUGUCAUGCACAAUAAUGCAGAUAUGGGCAAGGAUAGAGGCCUUGCAUUGCAGGAACAUGCAAAAAGCAAGAGAACUUUGGGACAGCAUCAUGACUAAAGGGAAAGCCAAAUAUGCCAACAUGUGGUUGGAAUACUACAACCUGGAGAGAUCCUAUGGUGAUUCGUUACACUGUAGGAAAGCCUUGCACAGAGCAGUGCAGUACACCUCUGACUACCCAGAGCAUGUGUGUGAGGUUCUACUAACAUUUGAAAGGGUUGAGGGUACUUUGGAGGACUGGGAUUCUGCACUUUUGAAGACAGAAAGCAAACUCUCCCGAGUCAGUGAGCAGAGAGCCAGAACCGCAGAAAAGGAGGCCAAUCAGGUGAAACAUGAGGAGGUAAAAGCAGAGGAGCGGAGAAGGGUCAAGGCCAACAAGAAAACCCUGAAAAAGAGUCACAAAAGCAAGUAUACUGCGGAGAAAAGGAAAGCUGAAAAAGAUGACAUCUAUGAAGCAUCAGAGCUCCCGCUUAAGCGACAUUGUGGAGAUGGUGAUCCAGAGGGGGUUGAAACUGAGGCUGGGCAGUUUGGUCUUGAAGAGCCCCAUCAUAAAGACAUAGGUAACUUUGGAGCUGCCAAUAGAAACCAGCAAGUGCAACCAGAGGCAACUCGGAUUAAGCAUGAGGCUACACAAGACAAGUGGCAAGACAACUGCAGUGUCUUCAUCAGCAAUCUGGCUUUCACCUUACAAAACCCAGAGGAACAACUGGGAACUAUCUUUCAGACCUGUGGCACUGUAAAGCAGGUUCGACCUAUUUUCUCAGGCCAUGGAACUUUUCGUGGUUACUGCUAUGUGCAGUUCCAGGACCCACUAGCUGUCGCUGAAGCACUGAAGCUAGACCGGCAGGAGCUUGAGGGCAGACCUAUGUUUGUGUCACCAUGCAUAGACAAGAAGAAGAACCAAGACUUUAAGGUAUUCAAGUACAGUCCAUCAUUGGAGAAACACAAGAUCUUUAUCUCCGGCCUGCCCUACACCUGCACUCAGCAGCAACUGGAGGAACUGUUCAAACCACAUGGUACAAUAAAAGCCACCCGUCUGGUCACCAACCGUUCUGGCAAACCCAAGGGUCUGGCAUAUGUGGAGUUUGCUAAUGAGGCCCAGGCCUCACAGGCUGUUCUCAAGAUGGAUGGAAUGGAUGUUCAAAAUUAUACCAUUUCCGUUGCCAUCAGUAAUCCACCUGGAAGAAAAAUGGAGACCACCUCUGGAAAACAAUACAAAUCUAUGCCACCGCAGCAGACACAUGGAGCUAGGGGGAGAAGUCGCACACAGAUCGCCCUUCUCCCACGCUCCCUGCAUCGACAGCUGGUACCAGAGUCAACAGCAGCAAAUGGAACCACGCGCGAGCCACUUGCAGUAACGCAAAACAAGCCCAUGUCCAAUGAGGACUUUGCCCAGAUGCUACGCAAGAAGUGAAGAAGUCUUUCAAGAAUUGUUUGUGUGUAAACUUUAAGUUUUUUUUUUUUUGUCUGGAUAAGGUUAUUUUUUAACAGAUAUGUACAUGCAGGUUAAUUGUGAAAUGUAAAUGCACAUUCUCCAUGCCUACCACCUAUGUAUUAGCCUGACUUGUCUAAACUGAAACACUUGCAGAUCUAAAAUCACUCUAUUUUUAAAUUUUUUGAAUUUCAGUUAUUUGUCUUAAGAUUGUGUGAAUAGCUUAACUCCAGAUUGUUGGUACAGAAUAGGGAAUACCACCCUGGAAUACUAGAGAAAACAUUGUACCUUUCUCAGUAACAUCAUUUCCAAAUUGGUGAAGGGCCCAUUUAAAACCAGCUCUAUCAUUUACGCAGGUCGAACCAACAGUGUUAGGUGGAGCUCAUAAGGUGCAUCUUUGCGAUGUGCUUAACUGGGAGUUUCUAUGAAUGCACUGUGAUUCUAGUCAGGGAAGUUAUAUUUGGAUUGUAAAUCAAAACAUACCAGCAAAGCAUAGUUCAAAAACCUGAAAAUUCAGAGCUAAUUAAAAAAAAAAAAAAUUACUUUUGAAUGUACGUUUCAUUUACAUUGCCAUUAAUGUAUAAUUGGUUCAAUUAUAUCAGAAUUGUUUUGUUUUGUUUUUUCAUAAAAAUAUGGAUUUAUGACAA